AUGAAUCCGUGUGUUUUUGUAAUUUUCUCACUUCUAUUGCUAAAUGCUGAGACGACAACUUCCAACCAGUUGGGAGGUGGAGAUGAUAAUGGUGUUAUUAUGAGAAAGUGUUCUGAUAAGGAGAGACAUGCUCUUCUUGAUUUCAAAGCUCGCCUCCAAGACCCCGAUGAAACUCUCUCUACAUGGAGAGCUGAAGAAGAAGAAGAAGAAGAAGAUUGUUGUAAAUGGAGAGGAGUCACAUGCAAAAACCAAACACAUUAUGUCACACAGCUUGAUGUUGACGGAUUUGGUCUUGUAGGUGAGAUUAGCAAUUCUUUGCUUAAUUUAAGCAGUUUGAAUCAUCUUAGUCUUUACAGAAACUCUUUUCAUGGAACCAUUCCCACCUUCAUUGGUUCCAUGACUCGUUUAAGGUACCUUGACCUUUCUGGUAACUCUCUUUAUGGAACCAUUCCUCCAGAGUUUGGAAACCUCACUAACCUUGUAGAUCUUUGGCCUGGAAUUGGAUCUAGAGUUGAGAACCUCGACUGGUUGUCUCAUCUCUCUCAUUUGGAGUCUCUUGUAAUGGAUGGGAUUUCUCUAGCCAAACAAAAUUAUUGGGUAGAUGUGAUUCUGAGUCUCCGGAAACUAUCAUGGUUAAGUUUAGAUGGAUGUGAGCUGUCACAGGUCAUGUAUCCAUAUUCUUCUUCAUUUCUCAACUCUUCUUCAUCUAUUAAAUACCUUUAUCUUGGAAACAACAAUCUCAACUCAUCCAUGUAUCGUUGGUUGUUCCCAUUGACCAGCAAUACGCUUGAUGCUCUUGAUCUCUCUGGCAACAUGUUAGAUGGGAUACCCAAAGAUCUUGGUAGCCUCUGUAGUUUGGAAUAUCUGUCAUUCCAUAGGAACUCUGUUGUCAAAUUUCCUGAUUUUCUCAACAACUUGUCGUCUGGAUGCACAUCGCUUACAUUACAAGGGUUGUUUGCUGGACAUAACCGAUUUAUAGGGACACUCUCCAAUGAGAUCCUAACAUUCAAAAAUCUUUCCAUUCUUGAUAUGAGCUCUUGCAGUCUAGGGCCUCGCUUCCCCAAAUGGAUUCAAAAAAUCAAAAAUCUAACAUAUAUUGAUAUUGCCAACAAUGGAAUUUCAGACACGAUUCCUCUGGGGUUUUGGGACAUGUUUCCUUCUCAAUUAACAUAUCUCAAUCUCUCUUCCAACAACAUCAGUGGGAACGCACCAGAUUUAUCAUCAAAUUUUAACAACAAUUCUAGGAUAGAUUUGAGUUCCAACAGAUUUUAUGGUUCAAUAACAAAUAUCUCUUCCACUGUCACAUCAUUAAAUCUUUCUAGAAACAAAUUCUAUGGUGGAAUCUCCUUCUUAUGCCAAAUUGUUCCUGGGUUUUUAGUUGUUCUUGACCUCUCCCAUAAUUUUCUAAGCGGACAACUUCCAGACUGUUUGUGUCACUUCAAAGAACUAAAAAUUCUUAAUCUAGAACACAACAAUCUAUCUGGAAGGCUUCCUCCCUCCAUUGCAUCUUUGAUAAAAUUGGAGGUAUUGUAUUUGUACAAGAACAACUUCUCUGGAGAAUUGCCUUUGUCUUUAAAGAAUUGCACAAGUUUAAGUUUUUUGAAUUUGGAGGCCAACAAGUUUUCUGGUAAUGUGCCUGUUUGGAUUGGGGAAAACUUAUCAAGGUUGUAUGUUCUUAACCUAAGAUCAAACUCGUUCUUUGGAACCAUCCCUUUACAGUUAUGUCAGUUGGCUAAUCUUCAAAUUCUGGAUUUGUCACUGAACAAUCUCCUUGGAACCAUCCCCUCGUGUUUGGAUAAUCUUACAAGCAUGGUUCACGCAGGACUAUAUGGACCUCCCCUUACCAAAAAAUGUGAUGGAGAUGAAGAAUCAGAAGCACCACCUGUCAUUGGUGAGAGGGAGGAUGGUGGGGAAGACAUAGAUGAACUUUGGGGGUGGUUCUAUAUUGGUGAAGGCACUGGUUUUGUUACUGGAUUCUGGAUUUCAUGUGGUGCUCUACUUCUCAACCGUCGUGGGAGACAUGCUUUUUUUCAUUUUUAUGAUAGAUUCAAAGAUUUGGUUUAUGUGAAGGUGAUGGUGUUCUUUGCAAAUCUGCAAAGGGUUGAACAUAGAUAG